GAUGCUGCAGAUUGUCGGUAGACGCCGCUCGAGAUCUGGCUACCAGAAGCUGACAAAUGAGAAGCCGACAAGGCGGAAAAGACAUUUCUUGUCGGCCAAGAAACCCGACGGUCGGCCAAAAGGGUUUCGCCUGAACCGUCCAGGAAGGCUCGUGCUCAAGGCCCUUGCCUCCACUACGAUCUUGCCCAGAAGGAUCAUGAGCAUUUACGCACGCCUCUUGGACCAAAUGAAUAGGGAAGGUUUAUACCCCAAUCUCAUCUUAUCUUCUCAAUGGGGGUUUCCUGUUUUUCUCAAACCCUAG